AUCAAGUUUCUUUGAAAGUUAAAAAAUGCCCCCGCGAUGUGGUGUGUACUAGAGGAAAUAAAUACCUGUACUUAUCAAAUUUUACUGUCACUUAGGUUUCAGUAGGUUUCCCCCUCGCCUAAAGUGAAUUACUACCCCCUCCUGUUUUGUAUUAACGACAUUAACAUGAAGUAUAUCGAAAGCCCACGUGUAAACCACGUGUUUCGUCGCAAAUAAAUAUGGCGGUUGUUCGCACGAGUAGUUUGGAGAAUGACCAGGUCGAAAUGGCCGUUCGUGCGUUGAUGAAAUAUUUGGAAAAAAAGAAAAGCAAGGAAGCGAGUUUAUUGAAUGAAAGUGAAUUAAUUUGGCUUCAAAUUUCUUUAAAGAAAAUUCCUCAACUAGAUAAGAAGCCAAAGCGAAUACCUUUACCAAAACCCCUUUAUAAGCAUAUGAGUGAUGUUUGUCUAUUUACAAAAGAUAAAUCAUCCAUUGUAAAAGAAAUGCUUGGAAAGAAAGGAGUUUCUUCGAUCACAAAGGUUAUUCCAAUCUCAAAAAUAAAAACACAUUAUAAGUCGUACGCCUCGAGACGGCAGCUCCUUGGAAUGUAUGAUGUGUUUUUGAGUGAUGAUAGGAUUUAUCACUUGCUAUCUAAAAGACUGGGAAAGGAAUUUUAUCGCAAAAAAAUGUUUCCUCAACCUGUUGAUUUCAGAAAGAAAGAUUUGAACAACGAAAUUGAGAAAGCUUUAAAUUGUACUUUAGUUUCAUUUGGUCAAGGCUCUUGUAGUGCUGUUCGUAUUGCUCACACUGGAAUGACUUGUGAAGAUGUAAUACUUAAUGUUAUGGAAGCUGUUCAAUGCAUUGCUAAAAUAAUACCACGUGGUUGGUCAAACAUCCAGUCGAUGAAUAUCAAGUCAGCCAACUCGAUAGCCUUACCUAUAUAUACUUCGUUGCCAAAUAAUAUUGAUGUGAUUGAAAAAAAUUCACAAUCUAAAAAGAGAAAGACAGAGGAUGUUAAAAAGGGAAAAGGGACAAAGAAACGUAGAAUCAAAGAAGUCAGCAGCUAAAGAAAUUUUGUUGUGGCUUCAGCAUCAGGAUUGAGCAGAAGAUUUUUUUACAUGUAUAAUUGAUGUGGUACAGUGCAUUUACCAUUAUAAUUCAGCACAAAUUUAAACGUUGUAUUUUGUCCCUUUUACAUGAAAAAUAAACAUUACAUAAAAGAAAA